CUUUUCUCUUAUCGCGAGACUUGCACCAUGAUCCCGUCACAGACAACCUGCCUGCUGGACGACGCGUAAACGAAUCUGUGAUUGUGAAGCGUUUUCGUGGAUUAAACGUGAAACCGGUGAAGACGUGUGGCCACCGACUGUCGAGUCAUCACCGACUUCAGCCUGUAUCCGGUGCAGUAUUCAGCUGGAGUACGACCUUAAACCGGCUAGCAGUAGCACUAGCUACGCUUCAUUGGGUCUCUUGUUUACACGUUAGCUUCCGCUAAUGCUAGCUAGCGUACGUCAGAACACUGACCGUGUUGCUUGUUUACAACCUGUUUUCUUUAAGCUAGCUUGAAGAAGACCAUGUUUUUAGCCUUUUAAUAUGCAGACUGGAUUUCUACCUUCCACUACAUUGAAUGUCAUCGCUGUAUACAGCAGUAGCGCUAGCCUGCGAAAUAAAAUAAAUAAAGCUUUAUUGAUAUAGUGCUAAAACGCCACAAAGGUGGGAUAUCAAGUGUUGAGCCAACAGGAGAUUGGAUUUUAAAUAAAGGUUUAUGGCCGAAGCGAUACACAAAGAUGGAUUUUGUACUAAAACAACAGCGUAGACAUGUCGUAGCUUCUCAGAAUGGCAGCAUCUGAUGGCAGCUGUUAAGUGCCAGGGCAGAGGCGCGUUCAGUGGCGGCCACAUUGUUCCCCGGCGGCUGGCUCCGGAGGCCGGGCGCAGAGGUAAACAGCUCGGUGACUCGAUCGUUGGCAUCAAAGCUUUACCGUUGAAACUUCGGGCGAUGGAGUCGGUCAGGAGCGCCUUCCACGCUCAGCUGGCCACCGUCAUGGACUCCCUGCUGGCCGCCGCCGUGUGCGAGAUCGCCAAGAUCUUCGAGGGCAGCCUGUGCGAGCAGCAGGCGGAGCUGGUGCAGAAGACCGAGGAGAUCUCCAUCCUGCGAGGCAAGCUGGAGAAGGUGGAGAGGAGGCAGCGGCCGAAGAGCGGCCCGAGCGAGGAAGGGGAGAUGCCACCGGUGGAGAGAGAGGGCAGCAUGAGGCAGCAGACCCCGACAGCAUCAGGACUUAAUGUGGGGAAGAACAUGUCUUCUCACCCAGACCCAGUAGAAGGGCUCAGUCAGAGCCUCAGUGGACUGAAAGAGGAGGUGACAGGCCAGGAUGGAGCUUCAGUAAAGCAUGAGCAUGCUGGUUCACGGCCUACCCUGGGGUCUAUCGCAGUUCAAACUGUGGAGGGAAGCCUUGCUGCUGGGGACCAGAGGCAGAUAGAUACUUUGUCUAUCACACAAGCCAAGUCCAAAUUGUCUCAUUGGGACCAGGGCAGUCGCAGUGCAGACCACAGACCCCUCCAGGAUCAAGCCUCCACACCUUUUCUUUCAAUCUCCCAGAGUGGACGUUGUUCUCCUAGGCCGGACCCAAGCUUAGCUCAGCCAGGGGAUUGGUUACCAGCGUUGGAGGCCAACCGAGGUAGGAUGUCCGCUCUAGAGAAUCUGCAGGCAGAUGGCACCAGCUGUCCUGGGCCAGCUAGCAGCAGUACUGGCACGGAUGCAUCCUGCUUCCGACCUGGUUUUGGCUCCGAUGAGACCAGUAAUGAAGAUGACAAUAGUUCUUUCCCUUUCCUGGACCAGGAGCCUGAGAACCAGAACUCCAAUCAGAACUCUGUGCACAGUCAGGGUGUCGGGCAGAGGGAGGCUCUACAGGAUCAACCUCAAGCUCCCACUGGCGAAUCACCGUGGAGACUCAGAGAUGGUGGGAGAGGCACUGUUAAUCAUACACGGCGAGUUACAGCAUUGGGCAACAGAGACCCUCUAAGACCACAGUCCAACUCGCAGUCGCUCACAUUACGGCACACAAAUGCCCUCAGCCACCCUCCAGCUCCUGGUGGAGGGAAUGGACGACCUUACACCUGUCCAUACUGUGCCAAGUGUUUUACAUACCCCUCCCACCAGCGCAGACAUCUUUUGCGCCACACAGGGGUCAGACUGCAUCCCUGUCAGUUUUGUGACAAGAGCUUCCUCACUCCCUCCGAGCUGACAGUUCACACUCGCACACAUACAGGGGAGCGGCCUUUUGGCUGCGCUCAGUGUGGUAAACGUUUUGCCCGCAGCGGGAACUUGAGAGCCCACCAACGGGAUGUUCACAUGGGGAAGAGGCCCUUCGCUUGCACGGAGUGUGGGAAGAGAUUUGCCCACAGGGGGAAUUUGAGGGUGCACAAUCACAGAGUCCAUCAAGGAGAUCCCUACUACAUGGAAGACCAGCAGGAGCCUGACAUAGGCCAGAAUCCCAUUUGAAAAGUAAAAAAAAAUGGUUCUGCACUUUAAUUUUGUUGUCAAACCCGAGAGCUUAUUUCAGGGCUGUCCAUUGUGUCCCACCUGAAUGUAUUAAUGAACACCUACAACAGCUUGAAAAUAUUUAAGAAUUUUUGUUUGUUAGUUUUUUUUUAUUUGAUGUGUGGCAACUAUAAAAUUAUCCUCCAUCAGGUUUUGUUAUAAAUGAAGUAUGAGAUCAAAAUGAUUUGAUUUCAAACUUCAUCAUUUUAUCUUUCAUCUUCUGCUGAUUCAAAGUCAGAAUUAAGGGCCAUACUAAGAAGGAAAUGCUUUGUUAUUACUGUAUUACUGACUGGAUAUAAUAAGCAACAAAGUAUUAGCUGUUUUUGUACAAACAAAAAAUCUACAGGUUGAUCCAAUCUUCCAAUGGUUUUCCUCCCUGUCAGCCACUGAACCAAUCGGCUUGCCAUGUCAUUCCUCAAGAUGAGAGUAGUACAAUGUUUUUCAUGAAGCCAGUAAAAAAGGCUAGUUGAUAUUAGAUUUAGAAAUGUGGCAUGCAACAUUGUUCUUAUCUACUGCCCAUCUCCUCAAACAUAUUUACACUGUACUUCAAAUGCAAAUGUUAUUGCAAAAAAUGCAUAACUAUAUUGUUAAAGGACUGUGCUUUUAGUUUCAUCCUGUCUUUGCAAAGUUAAAUUAAAUAAUUUACUCAUGUAAAAAUAAUAAUCUAAUAUUGUUGCACUGCUGAUUGUCAGACACUAGGAGGCAGUGUGGACAUGCAAAAGAGUUGUAGACAUUGUUUUGGAUAUCAUUGCAGUAAGCUAGAAGCCUUUCUCAGCAUGUUUAACGGUCUGCCCUUUAUUUUCAGAAUUUUCAGUCAGUGUUUGCACUUGUGUCAUCAUAUCCUCGCUCAAUUGGAUGUGUGUGCUUAAAAGGCUGAAUCAAUGUGUGAGUACAUGAGUCCUUGGGCUCAUGUGUUUGCCUGUAAAAAGCCAAAUUUCUCUCCUGCAGUUUGUGUAAAAGCACCUGCAGCUUCAAGAAUCUUCUUUAAUAUCACCAUGAUGUUUUUACAUUAGUCCUUCAUCCAUAAAGGAGAGGUUGACAGUUUCUUAAGCCUGCCUUAAGACAAUGCUCAUGUGUACUCGUGUACAUCAAGACAUCUGUCCCAUUAAUUGUUCCUCCUUAAAAUAUCCCCUCCUGAUGUGAGUUCAUCGUAAGUGAUGGGGGUUAAAAUCCACUUAACUUGUUUUGUGUAAAAAUAAAAGUACAGCAGAAGCUCAUAUGUGUUUUUUGCAGUCUGAGGAAUAGGCGGCUAAAGUGGGCAUCUAAUGUUUAGAAUGAAUUUCACUUGUAAUGUUAUUAUCCUCUACUGCAGCGUUCUACACUGGAUACACAAAGAUGGAUUUUGUACUAAAACAACAAAUGUCAACAAUAUAUCACACGUCUAAAAAGAAGAGGUCAGCCAACUUAAAACCUUCCGUUUAAUUUGUGGUGGUUAUGUUUCCAGCACAAGACUCUAAUCAAUAUAAAGACUGAUUCACAAAAACUGCUGAAGUCUCAGUUGUACUUUUCUUUUUUUUACAGACAGCAACAAUACUGGAUUUCGUCCCCCAUCACUUUUCUGUGUAACAACACACCUUCAUACAAAAAGGCCUUGAGCAUGUGGGAUGCGUUGAUACUGCUGAGACGUCUGUCCCUGUCUCUCACUCUCUCUUUUCACACACAGUCUCAACUGCUGAGCGAGGCCGGGACAAGCUGUGUGUGUAUGUAUCUUUAUGAAUUCCCCAGGCUGCUGAUGCCUUGUUUUGCUCAUAGAAAGAAAACAUUCAGUGACCGCCACUAAUGACCUCCCCUCCCCCAGAGGUCACCUAUGUCUGCCUCACAACAAAUAUUACUUGGAAUGGUUUUAAGUCUUACUUACAGUAUAAUAUUUAGGGAUUUAUUAGUCAAAUAGGGGCAAAGUGUGUGUUUGUUUAACUGGACUACUGUUAAUGUCAGAGGAUUGACUCCCCACUGAGUAAAGCUGUCAGCUCUUGGCUUUUUAGGUGAACAUACUGUGUAAGUGCUGUACUUAUGAGCAGAUGAAAGUGUCAGGUCACACGAAAUCCAAAUCUAUAUGCAGAUUUGGGUCUCAAAAUAGGUACAUGUGUGUACCUACCCAGCAAAGCCUGUGUGACCCUCGUUCAUAAGUGAGGAUCACUAAGGCUUUGCUUUGGUUUCUGUACCCCCUAAUCCUAACCCUAACCCCCUAAUCCUGACUCUUAACCCUACUUUCAAGUCUCUAUGACCUUCACAAAAAAUGUUAUUCAAGAAAGCCUCAGUACCGCCCACUGCUUUUUACCGUUUACCCACUUCUGAAGGCCAUAUAGACUUGGGGAUGGUACCAAUCGAUCGGGCGUACCCGAUGUAGUAUAGACGGAGCCUACUUGCAAGUCUCUACGACCUUCAUAAAAAAAGUUAUUUGAGAAGGGCCCACCUCAGUGUGCUUAUCAUCCUGUAUCCUAACCCCAAACCUAACCCCAACCCCAACCCAAAAAAGGGCUCAAACACUUCCCAAGGUUCUAGAGAUUCGGGGAUGGUACCAAUCGAUGGGGAAUUCUCCAAUUAGUAUAGGCGUAGCCUACUUUCAAGUCUCUACGACCUUUAGAACAAAAGUUAGGGUUAACCUAACACUAACUGGUCAGGUUUAGGCUUUGGAACAUCUGGUUAGGGUUAGGAUUUCAAAAAGUCACUCACUCAAGUGGUACCAGGCGACUCUAAAUGCUCUGAAAUGUGCUCCUACACACUUUCUACACAGUUCAUUUUGGACUCCACACAGUGACAGUGAGAGAAGAGUUCUGGUGUCUGGGAUUUGACCUCAUGUUAUGACUCUGAGUCAUAUUGUAUGUAUGUAUGUGUGUGUUUAUGUUGUUGUUCUCCCUCCCUGCCUGGGGCUGUUCCCCUGCUCUGUGUAUUUCCUGUGUCUCAGUUUGCUGCUGGAGCUAACUUUAAAAAAGUCACCUGCCGAUGCCUUUUUCCUUGCUCCCAACAUGACCGUGCCUUUGUUUUUAAAACCCGUCUGAUCUUAAUUGUUGUUUCAUCACUAUUUUGUUAAGAGUGUGUUCUGUUCGUUACAUUUGAAUGAUAUUCUGAGCAGUCCUGAUAAUUGUGUAGUUAGGCAGGUAGGAUCCCUGUAUUUUCUUUUCAUGUCUUUUGGAUGUUGGGAAGUUAGUUAAGUAUUAUAGAUUAAAAAUUAUUGAAGUUGGGCUAGUUUUUUCAAGGGAUUUUGUCAUUUGACCCAGGUCUAAUGGCUUCGUCAUCAACUCCUCUAUUACUUUGAUUAAGUAUACAUUUGUUUUCACAGUCGACGUGUAAUAACAACUAACAGUGUCAGGUAACCAUGUUCCCAGCAGUGUUUAUCACCGUUAUCAAUCUGUUGUCUCGCAGGGAUCAGGCUAUAAUGUGCUCCUUACCUUUUUAUGUUACCGUGUUUCAGUGUAUUUAUCUUUCUCUUGCCCCUGAGGCUGUGGCUUUAAUUUGCCACAAAAAUAAAUAAAACCAUUCUCAGCCUCCUACAACCCCCUUGCCCUAUAGGC